AUGGCUAAAGAUAAAUGUUUGCCAGCAAACCCUAAUAGUGUAUGGAUCCCUGUAACCAGUACCACAACACCAGAUGACUUAUAUCCGAAAGAAUCAUCUUCUCUUCAGGGAAAUGAAGAGGACAGCAAGGACAGAGAAAAUCUUUGUGAUUUGCUCCAUAGAAUAGCUGAUAAUUUACCUUUGGCAGGAAGUAUUGUGGACAUUAUUGUUGACUUCUCAGAGGUGGCUGACCUUGAUGAUGACAUUCUGCCAGUCUUACAUGGUGUUCUCAAACGCUAUCAGUUGUGGCUGUGUGCCAGCAUCUUCAUCAUUUAUGUACCUGAUACUGGAAAAGAUAUGAAUAACCCUAACAACAUUGAUGUAUUAUUGGAGGUUUGGGCUGUAGACUGCCUACCAUCUUUGGAUCAAGUGACAAUUCCACAGAACCUUGCUUGGAAAGGAAAUAUCAUUUUAGUUGACAAACAGAACUGUACAGAUAGUUGUUUUUCUGGUUUUGCCCUGGAAACAACUCAGAAGUCUUUUCCUAUCAAAAUUAUGCUUAACAGAAAUGAUGAUAAUUCAAAGAAGGAAUGUCUUGGUGAUGCUUAUUCCUGCAAUAAUCAUCUUCUAAGACUUGGUUCACACAUGAAAAUCCUCGACAUUGUCGAUGUACACACAAUUCCUCAUUUUGCCAUUCAUCCUCAAGUAUUUAAACUUGUAUUGCUUAAUCAAAAUGAAAAGUCCCAUCAAAUUCUGGAAUAUUUAUCAAACUGUGAUCAACUUGCAAUAAUAGUAGCUGUAUCUAAGUACUCUGCUGAUCAUGUGGUUGCAUCCUAUAAAACUUCAGAGCUGAACACAGUAGCUUGGAAAGAAUACAUCCUAGCUGACUUUACCCAGGAUAUUAUAUAUGCCAGUAACAGCAAAGAUGGUGAACUCAUGCUUUUCGUGUUGGUUCCUCGAAAACAUUCGCAUAAGUCAAACAGUUCUGACUCUAGUAUGGAGGUUAACACACCAGGCCAUUAUUGUAUUGAUGCUUAUAUGAUGCGUUCAGCUGAAGAACUUGAUGGUGAAAUAUUUGAUCUUUUACAUCAGAGCUACUGCCCACCUCUCAUUAACUGUUCUGAUGCAAGUUUUCCAGCUCUACCUGUAUUUAAUGGGAAAAUACUCUCUAAAGUCAAUACUUACUUAACUAAAAUUCAAGCCAUGGCUGUAAAAAAUCAUCUGAAAGGUGAUCUUACAGAUUCUGUGACAGUUCCUUCAACACAACCAAGAGAGCUCUUCCAACUCCUUGCCAAUGUACAGCAGAAGUUUCUGGAAAACUUGGAAUCUAAACUCAAACGUAAAGAUUGCUUUCAACCAUUUGAUACUUUACCAUCCAGAUGUCAGUUGAGUGAACUUGACCUACCUAAUUGUGCACAGUGGCCAGAAAAAUGUUACAUCCAGCAACUAGAAUCCAAGAAAAAGACCAUUUGCCGUUUUCGAUCAUUUGAUAGCAUGUCAUUAUCAUCACCUUAUGUUCCUCUUCAAGAUGUUGUUCCAACUGAAAUGGAAGAAAUUUUGAGUCACUUCCAAGAUGAUGGAUUGGCAACCAGUUUUUCCUUGACUCCUUUACUGAGCCAACAUAACCUGCGCAGCUAUGUGUUUCCUGCCCUUAAUGAUGAAUAUGAAACCUGUCUUAUGAAAUGGCCACAUUGUCGAGAAGCUCGUUUUCCUGGCAUUUGUUAUAACAAAGAUAACCAAUGUGAGAAAAUUCAAAACCGUCUGAACAAACUAAGAGAUAAAUUCAUCACCACAGACACAAGUACCACAUAUUCACUACAGAAUUGUCGUAGCACCUCUUUGCAGUCAACAACUAACCCUCGCAUAGUGCAGAACUUCAAAUCAAAAAAUUCUCUCAGGAUAAAGCGAAAUGCUAAUGUUGCCAGCUUGGAAAACCGAAGCAUGUCUGACACAAAAUUACAAGACUCUAGAAAUGCAAAACAAAAGAAAUUAUCUCAUGUGAUGACAAGACAUAUGUCUGCCAAAGAGCUUGUAGAAACAUCACCAAAAGCUACAGGAGAACAGCUCAAAAACAGGUCUCUUGUAAAAUCCAGCAAAGAACCAAUUCAGGCCACCGCUAAUGAAUUGAAGAAGCAAAAAGUGUCUCGUUCAGAACGACAUAAACAGAAACUGGAAUCAAUCGUCAAAUAUGUUUUAAAGAAAGAAGGUCUUUCAGAAAAAGAUGAAAUAUUUUCUUCUUGCUUUCAACGUCUUUAUAAGGUCACCAAACUUUAUGUCAUGGAUCUCCCAGACUCUCGCAAACUUGGACAAGAGAUGAGAAGAUUAGCUGAAAAUCAAGUAAAACAUGUUGUUGAAAUAGAAACUCAUCGUCAGAAGUCUAUGAGGACAAAAAAGACUCAGAAAUCAGAUGAAAAUGGCAAAGUAACUUCCUGAUAAUUCGAUAAUUCCAUUAACCAAGCAAGUCUACUUGACACACUCAUACACACAAAACUGAAUCAUAUAAAUCCAACCUUCCAGGCUUUGUUGCCUUAUGGAUGUCUGUGAUAUUCUUAUUUAUUUUUUUAACUGUUCCAAUAAAUAUUUUCUAAAACACUCA